UCGCGGAGCCCGCUCACUUCCGCAGCACCGGUCGGCCGAGGCAGCGCGCCAACCAGCAACGCACCACGCUCCUGCGCCCACCCGUGGUCACCUCGCGCCCCUGGCAUCCAUCGAGUGCGGACGAGUGCUGCUCGCGUGAAACGGCAUGUCGAAGCUGUCGCUGCUGAUGGCGGUGCUGCUGGCGACGGCGCUGGGCCUGCUGCCGGCCGGCGGCGGGGCGAGCGCCGCCGAGCUGUUCGGCGAGGAGGAGGCGCCGCCGGCCGAGCGCCCGCAGCCCGAGCGCAACCUCGAGUACGCGCUGCGCCGCGGACUCUGGCUGCCCGCGCAGCUGGGCGAGGCGCUGGACUCGCGCGAGCGCCGCUCGGCCGCCGGCAUGGGCUCGUCGUUCAUCCGCUUCGGGCGUGCCGAGGCCGUCAGCCAGCCGCAGACGCGCUCCGACCUGAUCAUCCGCUACGGCCGCGACGGUCUCAACGGCCGGCUGACCAAGCUGCGCCAGGAGCGCAUGCGGCGCCUGGCCCGCCUCGCCCUCAUCUGCGCCGCCAAGAGCCAGGACGACGCGCCCGCCAACUCGGCCGAGGAGAAGAUCCUGCGCGAGAUCUGCAAGGACGCGCCACUGCACCCCACCGUGCCCGACUUCGUCUAGCCCGGCUGCGCCGCCGCCGCCGCCGCCGCCGCCGCUGCUCAAGCUGCUUAUCCCUUACCGACUUGGUUACGUCAUAUGAAAAGCAUGCACCUCCUUGCCAUUCACUCCGCGCGAACGACUGGCGAGACGAACACUUUCGUCGACGAUGUUACUCUGCGUUGUACAACUCCAACUCCGACUGUCUCCGUCUGUCCAUCCGUCUCUCUCUCUCUCUCUCUCUCUCUCUCUCUCUCUCUCUCUCUCUCUCUCUCUCUCCGUCCGAAGCUCUUUCUCUGUGCUCCGCGAGCGAGAAGGGGAGAGGGAGAGGGAGAGAGAGAAAGAGAGCCCAAAUUCACUGUAACUACAAAGAGAACAAGUGGGAAGAGCGGCGAGGAGCUGCGAUCGCAGUUAUGUACGAUGGAAUGUCCAAAAGCCUGAAUAAAGUCUGUUUCGUAUAGAUGCA